CUCUCCAUCUGUAAUCUCCGCCACAUUUUUAUUCUCUACCAAUAUAACGACUCAUGUCAACAUAACGACUUUUUAUCUGAUAAAUCGUGUCCGUCCGUUUCAGUGGAUAUGCUGCAACCUUCGUUAGGAUGACACAUUAUUGGAUUGAGAGAGUGAUCCAAAUCUAUGUCAGACACACAUUUGUAAUCUGCUUCACAAGGCAAUAUUUUAUUCGUUUUUUUUUAAAGUCACACACUUUAUAGAGUUUAAUACAAUAGUGCUCUCACCAACUCCUCUUGCGUUGGCUCUCGAACGUGACUGACCAUCCAUAGGGUCUCACAAGAUCGAGUUUUUGAAGGUUUGGUGUGAGGUAGUGUGAAGAGGAAAAUGGCUUUAGAGUACGAUCUUCUGAAUGAAAACGUGAAGAAGUGUCAGUAUGCUGUCAGAGGAGAGCUCUAUCUCCGAGCUUCUGAGCUUCAGAAAGAAGGCAAAAAGAUCAUUUUCACAAACGUUGGGAACCCUCAUGCUUUAGGACAGAAGCCUCUCACUUUUCCUCGUCAGGUGGUUGCGCUCUGUCAAGCUCCGUUUCUACUUGAUGACCCGAAUGUUGGCAUGCUUUUCCCAGCUGAUGCUAUUGCAAGAGCUAAGCAUUAUCUUUCCUUGACUUCUGGUGGAUUAGGUGCUUACAGUGACUCAAGAGGCCUUCCAGGAGUUAGGAAAGAGGUUGCAGAGUUCAUUCAAAGACGUGAUGGGUAUCCAAGUGACCCUGAACUCAUAUUUCUCACUGAUGGAGCAAGCAAAGGUGUGAUGCAAAUCUUGAACUGUGUUAUUCGCGGUGAGGGAGAUGGGAUUCUAGUUCCUGUUCCACAGUAUCCUCUCUACUCAGCAACCAUAUCACUCUUAGGUGGUUCUCUGGUUCCUUACUAUCUCGAUGAGUCUGAGAACUGGGGACUUGAUGUCAACAACCUCAGACAGUCCGUUGCUCAGGCCCGUUCUCAAGGGAUAUCAGUAAGGGCAAUGGUGAUCAUUAACCCUGGGAACCCAACUGGUCAGUGUCUAAGCGAAGCUAACUUAAAAGAGAUAUUGAGGUUCUGUUACAACGAGAAGUUGGUUCUUCUGGGAGAUGAGGUUUAUCAGCAGAACAUAUACCAGGAUGAGCGUCCCUUUAUCAGCUCCAAGAAGGUUUUGAUGGAUAUGGGGUUGCCGUUCAGCAAGGAAGUCCAGCUUGUUGCUUUUCACACUGUGUCUAAAGGUUAUUGGGGAGAGUGUGGACAGAGAGGUGGAUACUUUGAGAUGACCAACAUCCCUCCCAAGGUUGUUGAAGAGAUAUACAAGGUUGCAUCAAUCGCUCUGAGCCCUAAUGUCUCUGCACAGAUCUUUAUGGGCUUGAUGGUUAGUCCUCCAAAGCCUGGAGACAUUUCAUAUGACCAAUUCGCCCGUGAAAGCAAGGGGAUUCUUGAAUCUUUGAGAAGAAGGGCAAAGAUCAUGACUGAUGGCUUCAACAGCUGCAAGAACGUUGUCUGCAAUUUCACAGAGGGUGCAAUGUAUUCGUUUCCUCAAAUACGGUUACCAACGGGAGCUCUCCAAGCUGCAAAGCAAGCAGGGAAAGUGCCAGAUGUUUUCUAUUGUCUCAAGCUCUUAGAAGCCACAGGAAUCUCCACUGUGCCUGGCUCUGGAUUUGGACAGAAAGAAGGUGUGUUUCAUUUGAGGACAACGAUCUUGCCUGCGGAAGAGGAGAUGCCGGAGAUCAUGGAUAGUUUCAAGAAGUUCAAUGAUGAGUUCAUGACUCAGUAUGAUAAUGGAUUUGGUUAUUCCAGAAUGUAAUUACUUCUUACUUCUUCUUUCUGUUAUGUGAUGAUGGAACAACUACUGUGUUCUGCUACACUCUUUAAAAAGCUAAAUCUCUGUAGUACUCUUCUAUUUCUAUAAACUCUUUCUCUGUCUCUUCUAUUUUCAAUUGCAAACUGAUA